AUGGAACCAUUAUAUCACCAAACAAAUAAAUUAGUACAGGAAACUCAGCAUCUUUUCUCACAACUUGAGAAAAAGACGCUUAACCUAGAUGUUAAAGAAAUAGAAAACAGCAUAGAAUCAAAGAUAAAUCUCAUCAACAGUAAUUGUGAAAAAUUAGAUGUGUUAUGCCUCAAGGGUCCUAUAUUUCAAAGACAAAAUGCUAAGAUGCGUGUAGAUCAAUUGAAAUAUGACAGCCGUCACCUCACAGCUGCUUUAAAUUCUUGGAGAAACAAAAUUAUUAAAAGACAAAGAGAAGAAGCUGAAAGAGAAGCAUUAUUAUCUAGAACAUUUACUACAAAUGAUCAUGUUGAUAUUAUGAUAGAUCAUAAUGUACAACAUAAUUAUAGUUUAAAAAAUGCAAUUUAUGGUGUAGAUGAUCUUCUCCAAAGUGGAAGUAGUAUUUUAGAUAGUUUGAAAUCACAAAGAAUAACUUUAAAAGGGGCUCAUAAAAGAUUAAUAGAUAUUGGAAAUACAUUAGGACUUUCACAAACUACAAUGAGAUUAAUAGAAAAAAGAGCAAGGCAAGAUGGAUUUAUUUUAGUUGGUGGAAUGUUGUUUACAUGUCUUGUUAUAGUUUUAGUUAUAAUUUAUCUUACGUAAAAAAUAAUUUUCUAUUGUAUAUAGGAUGAUGCAAUUAACAAUAUUAGUUACUAAACAGUUGUUUCUAGAAUUAUAUACAAAAAUUUGACAUGUUUUUACUAUAUGAAAGAUAUAUUUGAAUUAAUAAUGUUGAAUGCUUCAUCCUUAUUUAUUAAAUUGAAUGUUGCAUUAUAAACUUAAAAUUUUUAAUUGUUGCUAAUUAUAUAUUAAUAAAUAUGUAUUUGUAUACAAUAAAAUAAGAAUGAUGCAUAUA